AUGUUAGGUUUGUCUGCUCCCACUUCCGCCUCCUCCGCCUCUUCUGCCUGCCCCGCCGCAGCUAAGCUUUCUCGUGUCCCCUUCGCUGCACUUCAAAAAACUACUUCUGCUGCUUAUUUCUAUCAAACGGUAACACACAAAAUCCGAAAAAAAGACAACAUCUCAACUUCUCUCUCUAUUGUUCUUUUAGAAAAUUCGGUCCUCUCCAACUCGCUACGCUCGAGCUGUAGUGUAAUCAAAUCCAUGACUGAUUCUCAAACUAUAUCAAUGCCGAAGAAUGAGCAACAAUCCCCUGCUUCAGGCCAGAAGCAAGCACUCAUAUCUCUAUCAGACAAAAAGGACCUAGCUUUUCUUGGUACUGGGUUACAACAAUUAGGGUACACGAUAGUUUCAACAGGAGGAACAGCAUCUUCUCUGGAAAGUGCCGGUGUUUCUGUCACUAAAGUGGAACAGCUUACCCAUUUCCCUGAAAUGCUGGACGGGCGUGUGAAAACUUUACACCCCAACAUACAUGGUGGUAUUCUUGCUAGAAGGGACCAAAAGCAUCACAUGGAAGCUCUCAAUGAGCAUGGAAUUGGUAGCUUUGAUGUGGUGGUGGUGAACUUGUAUCCCUUUUAUGAUAAAGUUACUUCAACUGGAGGAAUUGAAUUUGAGGACGGAAUUGAGAACAUUGAUAUUGGUGGCCCUGCCAUGAUCAGAGCUGCUGCAAAGAACCAUAAGGAUGUCGUAAUUGUUGUUGAUUCUGAAGAUUACCCUGGACUUCUAGAAUUUCUUAAAGGAGAUCAGGAUGAUCAACAGUUCCGAAGAAAGCUUGCUUGGAAGGCUUUUCAACAUUGUGCUUCCUAUGAUUCUGCAGUUUCAGAGUGGCUGUGGAAACAAACUGUGGGAGAUAAAUUCCCUCCCAGCUUUACAGUGCCUCUCGAGCUUAAGAGUUCGCUUCGUUAUGGUGAAAAUCCUCAUCAAAAUGCUGCAUUUUACGUUGACAAGAGUAUUUCUGAAGUCAAUGCUGGUGGUAUUGCAACAGCUAUUCAACAUCAUGGGAAGGAGAUGUCAUAUAACAAUUACUUAGAUGCUGAUGCAGCUUGGAAUUGUGUGUCAGAGUUUCAGAACCCUACAUGUGUAAUUGUAAAGCAUACAAAUCCCUGCGGGGUAGCUUCUCGCGGUGAUAUCCUUGAAGCUUAUAGGUUGGCUGUGAAAGCAGAUCCAGUGAGUGCAUUUGGUGGUAUUGUAGCCUUUAACAUAGAAGUUGAUGAGGCCCUUGCUAAGGAAAUCAGGGAGUUCAGAAGCCCAACAGAUGGUGAAACUCGGAUGUUUUAUGAGAUUGUUGUUGCUCCCAAGUAUACGAAGAAGGGACUUGAGAUCCUUCGUGGCAAAUCGAAGACAUUGAGGAUCCUGGAGGCAAAAAGUAACGAGAAAGGAAAGCUUUCACUAAGACAAGUCGGUGGUGGAUGGUUAGCUCAGGAUUCAGAUGACCUUACCCCCCAAGACAUCCAAUUUAAUGUUGUGUCUGACAAGACUCCAGUAGAGAGUGAGCUUCAUGAUGCAGAGUUUGCAUGGCUAUGCGUGAAGCAUGUUAAGAGCAAUGCCAUUGUAAUUGCAAAGAAUAACUGUAUGCUAGGUAUGGGAAGCGGGCAGCCAAACCGUCUAGAAAGCUUGAGAAUAGCCAUGAGGAAAGCAGGGGAUGAGGCCAAGGGAGCUGCUUUGGCCAGCGAUGCUUUCUUUCCAUUUGCUUGGAAUGAUGCAGUGGAAGAGGCAUGUAAGGCUGGUAUUGGUGUUAUUGCGGAGCCUGGUGGUAGCAUCAGGGAUAAGGAUGCCAUAGAAUGCUGCAACAAGUAUGGAGUUUCACUGCUUUUAACUAAUGUGAGGCACUUUAGGCACUGA